UUAAGAGAGAGUAUGAUGUAUUAUUUGAUUAAUUCAUAGUGAAGUCAUAGGGCUUUGUUUUCCAAGGGAAAGCAACACAUUUUGGACCAAGUCAAAGUAUAUACAAGUUGCCCACUUUAAUCUCAAUCUGAUAAAGUCAUACCAGCAGAUCAACAUAAAUGUAUUAUAGUGUGCCAUUAAAUUGCUAAGACGACCAUUAAAAAUUGCAUAACACAUUGAAGAGAAAGAAUUACACAAAGCAUGGAAAUGGAGAAGAGAUUGUAUGAAGCUACUGUUCAAGGAAACAUUCCUAAUUUAGAAUCAUUACUCCAACAAGACCCCUUACUUCUUCAUAGAAUCUCCCCUUCUUUCUUUCAAUUUUCCCCUUUACACUUAGCAAUCUUACAUGGCCAUCUCGAGUAUGCACGAGUUUUACUGACUCACAACCCCCAACUCACUACCGAGUCUGACUCACUCGGCCAGUUACCCCUCCAUCUUGCUUCUGCCAACGGGCAAAUCGAGAUUGUGAGUGAGCUUCUUAGUGUAGAUACUUCUGCCUGUCUUGCUCGGGACAAGGAUGGAAAGGUGCCGCUUCAUCUGGCGGUGAUGAAGGGUGCCCGAGUUGAGGUUGUGAACGAGUUGGCUAGGGCGAGUCCUGAGUCAACUCGGAUGAAAGUUGAAAGAGGAGAUAUUUUAUUGCAUUUAUGUGUGAAGAAUGAGAGGUUUGAUGCACUAAAAGUAUUGGUGGAGUUGUUGAGGAGUGAAAACAAUGGAAGUAACUUGAUGAAUGCAAAGAAUGAUGAUGGUAAUACUAUCUUGCAUUUGGCUGCUUUAUGCAACAAUUUGGAGAUCACAAAAUUCUUGCUAGCAACACCAGAAAUUGACCCAAAUGCAAUGAACAACAAUGGUCUUACACCCUUAAACUUGGUUGAAAAUUCCCCUAAACACAUAAAUACACUUGAACAACUCAACUUACUCCUCCAAUCCAACAUUCAAAAACCUACCAAAACCCACAAUUCUCCUUAUCUCCAACCCACUAAAUCAUCCCUAAAACCAUCAAAAAACAAGUCAUGGAAAACAUUUUUCACCUUCAAUAACAAUAACAUUAACCAAUUACAACAUAUGAAAGGUGAACUCUUAAUAACUUCAGCUAUCAUAGCCUUAAUCCAUGCAUCACCCAUCAUCUAUUUAAGGAUAAAUGAUCCAAAACUACUUGAUAUUUACUCGAUCAAUUUCGGGUCUUUUGUGCCUGCUGUUACAAUCAUAGCAAUUUUGUUGGGUGGUUUUCCAUUACAGAACAAGCUCUGUUCUUGGUUUGUGAUACAGUUGAUGUACAGUGCAGUUGGGUGUUUGGCUUAUGGAAGUUAUUUUGGUAACAUGAUCUCUUUUGAAAGUCGAUACUCGAAAUUGACGAUUCCGAUUGUACUUAUGUUCAUCUGGUUUUUGUUGUUGAUUGUUCUUAGUGCACUUAAUGUCAUCCGUUUGAUUGUGUUGUUGGUGAAGAACUUUAAGGGAUGGACCAUGGCUGGGAGGCUGCGUAGCACAAGUGAGAAUGUUAUGUAAUGUUCGUAAGAUUGUGUGUAUCUGAUCCUUCGAUUUUCGCUUGACAUUGGAGUAUAUGUGUUGUACGAGUUUUUUUUCUUUGUAUGAUAACAAGUUGGUGGGUCAGUAUAGAUGUACAAUGUUGUAAGUUGUAUAUGUAUAUGUAUAUGUAUUUGUUUUGUUAGAUUGAUUUUUAAUGAAAAAUUAUAAUACGAAAUUUGAUUAGGGUUUAACCUGGUGAAUACUGAAUUUGUAUUAAUUAAUAAUAAGAGGUAACAACUCUAUUUAUACAA